CUGUCUUGUUGCCAUUUCCCAACCUCUGCCUCUCCUCGUCCCCUUGCUGGCUUGCUCUGUCUCCUUCCUACCGCUCUCUCUUUCUCCACACAUCUCUCUCCCCGCAAUCCAAACCGCCUCGCCUCUCCUCCUCUGUCUCUUCUGGCGCUCGGAACGUUCAUAUCCUCCUGACCACGCCGCUCUACGCGCUUCUUCAAGUACCAGGUCUUUGAGAACUGGUUUCAAGGAGAUUAGGAAGACUGUCUUGGAGCAUGUAUAGGGCCAAGAGAGCUGCUUCACUUAAAGUGAAGCGCCGUGUUGGCAAGUAUGAGCUUGGGCGCGCAAUUGGGGAAGGAACAUUUGCAAAGGUCCGGAUUGCAAAGAACAUGGAAACUGAGGAGCACGUAGCUAUCAAGAUCAUUGACAAGGCAAAGGUUAAGAAGCACAAAUUGUUUGAACAGAUUAGGCGGGAAAUUUGCACGAUGAAAUUAAUACAACAUCCCAAUGUUGUCCGAUUGUAUGAGGUGAUGGGAAGUAGAACAAAGAUUUACAUUGUUCUGGAAUUUGUUAUGGGUGGAGAGCUCCACGAUAUCGUUGCUACAAGUGGAAGAUUGAAGGAGGAUGAAGCAUGCAGAUACUUUCAACAGCUGAUAAAUGCAGUAGAUUAUUGCCAUAGUAGGGGCGUAUACCACAGAGACUUAAAGCUAGAGAACCUGUUACUUGAUAUUGCUGGAAACCUCAAAAUUUCUGAUUUCGGUUUAAGUGCUAUAUCUGACCAAGUGAAGCAGAAUGAUGGACUGCUACAUACUAUAUGUGGAACACCUAACUAUGUUGCUCCAGAGGUUAUUGAUGACAAAGGCUAUGAUGGUGCCCUUGCAGACCUUUGGUCGUGUGGGGUGAUCCUAUUUGUGCUGCUUGCAGGAUAUCUGCCUUUUGAGGAUGACAACAUCGCAUCCCUUUAUAAAAAGAUCUCAGGAGCUCAGUUUACAUGUCCGUCUUGGUUUUCUGCUGGAGCUAAGAAGCUGAUCACCAGAAUUCUGGAUCCUAAUCCUUCAACUCGGAUUACGGUUCCUCAAGUACUAAAAGAUCCAUGGUUCAAAAAAGGCUACAAGCCACCUGCUUUCGACGAGAAAUGUCAAGCUAGUUUAGAUGAUGUUGACGCUGCUUUUGGAGACUCAGAGGAACUUCUUGUGACAGAGGAAAUGGAAGGGCAACCAGCUUCGAUGAAUGCAUUUGAAUUUAUUUCAAUGAACAAGGGGCUGAAUCUGGAUAAUUUUUUUGAAUCUGAUGAGAAGUACAAGCGGGAAACAAGAUUUGCAUCGCAAUGUCCUCCGAAAGAAAUUAUCAAUAGAAUAGAAGAAGCUGCUAAGCCACUUGGGUUCGAUAUCCAAAAGAAAAACUACAAGAUGCUAAUGGAGAACCCAAAAGCAGGAAGAAAAGGAAAUUUAAAUGUCGCCACUGAGGUUUUCCAAGUCGCCCCAUCCCUGCAUGUGGUUGAGCUGAAGAAGGCAAAGGGAGAUACUCUGGAGUUUCAAAAUUUCUACAGAACUCUGUCCACGGAGCUGAAGGACGUGGUUUGGGUGUGCAAUGAUGAAGACAGAACCUCCACACCAUGAAGCAGUCGCAGACGUUCAGAGCUUACAGAACUUGGUUUUCCCUGUACAUAGCUCGCUUGUUACAAAAGAUAAAUUUGAUGCCUAAUGUAGUAAUGUACAUAUAGGCUUCGCCUGAAAAAGGCAGCUGAAGGUUUUGAUGAAUGAAGAGGUAGAUGAAGCAUAGGUCAGAAGGUUGGUUGUUCCUGUAGUGAAACACUGACAUGGUGUUCGGCUAUUCAUAUUCGUUUGUUCAAAUUUC